AUGGUACCAGGAAAUCAAACACAAUUCACUGAAUUCAUCCUCCUGGGAUUUUCUGAGAAGCCAGAGUAGCAGGGUCCCCUCUUUGGGCUGUUCUUGGGCAUGUACUUGGUCACCAUGGAUGGAAACCUGCUCAUAAUAUUGGUCAUUGGCUCUGACUCUCACCCUCACACUCCCAUGUACUUCUUUCUUUCCAAUUUGUCCUUUGUGGAUAUCUGUGUGGUAACCACCACAGUCCCCAAGAUGCUAGUGAGCAUCUUGACACAAAACAAGGCCAUCUCCUAUGCUGACUGUCUUAUCCAGAUGUACUUCUUUUUGGUUUUUGUAGUUUUAGACAUUUUCCUCCUCGCUGCAAUGGCUUAUGAUCAUUUUGGCUGUCACCCUUUAUGCUAUGCAGCCAUCAUGAGUCCUGGUAUCUGUAGCCUACUGGUUCUGCUCUCCUGGAUAAUAAGCCUUCUAGACUCCGUCCUUCACUGUCUGAUGGUAACACAGAUCUCCCUCUGUACAGACCAUGAAAUUUAUCACUUCUUUUGUGAUCUUGCUGAGGUUCUAAAACUAUCUUGUUCUGAAACUCUCAUCAAUUAUGUCUUGAUAUAUUUUGUUGCUGCACUAUUGGGUAUUCUUCCCCUCACAGGGAUCCUUUUCUCUUAUAGUCAGAUCUGUUCUUCCAUUUUGAAAGUCCCACCUGCUCGGGGUAAGUAUAAAGCAUUUUCCACCUGUGAAUCUCACCUCUCUGUUGUUUCCUUAUUCUAUGGCACAGAUUUUGGAGUAUAUUUGAGUUCCUGUGCUACCCGCUCUUCCUGGAAGAGCACUGUUGCCUCAGCACUGUAUGCUGUAGUCACCCACAUGUUGAGCCCUUUCAUCUAUACACUAAGGAAUAAGGACACAAAAGAAACCCUUAGGAGGCUCAUUAGCAAAAUAGCCUCCUCUCACUCCAUUCAUGGCUUAGUUCAAGUGCUAACUCCAACAAGAAUUCCUGAUUUACCGGGACUUCCACUUCCGGGAACCGAGAUGAUGGAAAAAGACAGCCCCAUGGUACCAGGAAACCAAACACAAUUCACUGAAUUCAUCCUCCUGGGAUUUUCUGAGAAGCCAGAGCAGCAGGGCCCUCUCUUUGGGCUGUUCUUGGGCAUGUACUUGGUCACCAUGGUUGAAAACCUGCUCAUAAUGUUGGCCAUUGGCUCUGACUCUCACCUACACAUCCCUAUGUACUUCUUCCUUUCCAACUUGUCCUUUGUGGACAUCUGUAUGGUGUCCACCACAGCCCCCAAGAUGCUACUGAGCAUCUUGACAAAAAACAAGGUCAUUUCCUAUGCUGGUUGUCUUGCCCAGAUGUACUUCUUUAUUGUUUUUGUUGGUUUGGACAAUUUCCUCCUCACUGCAAUGGCCUAUGACCGUUUUGUAGCUAUCUGUCACCCUCUCCUCUAUGCAGCCAUCAUGAGCCCUCAGCUCUGUAGCAUACUGGUACUGCUCUCCUGGAUUAUAAGCUUUCUAAACUCCCUUAUUCACUGUCUGAAUGUAACACAGCUCUCCUUCUGUGCAGAUCAUGAAAUUCAGCACUUCUUUUGUGAUCUUGCUGAGGUUCUGAAACUCUCUUGUUCUGACACUCUCAUCAAUUAUGCUUUGAUAUAUUUUGUUGCUGGACUAUUGGGUUUUCUCCCUCUCACAGGGAUCCUUUUCUCUUAUAUUCAGAUCUGUUCUUCCAUUUUGAAAGUCCCAUCAGCUCAUGGUAAGUAUAAAGCCUUUUCUACCUGUGGAUCUCACCUCUCUGUUGUUUCCUUAUUCUAUGGCACAUGUUUUGGAGUAUAUUUGAGCUCUUCUGCUACCCAUUCUUCCUCGAAGAACACAGUUGCAUCAGCAAUGUUUGCUGUGGUCACCCCCAUGUUGAACCCCUUCAUCUAUACACUAAAGAAUAAGGACAUAAAAGAUGCCCUUAGGAGACUCAUUAGCAGAAUAGCCUCCUCUCAGUGA